CAAUACAGGAACGAAGGACUUCCCACUUUGCUAGUAGCUGCCAUGGAGCUUGAGUCAGCUUUCGAAGGCUAUGCCACGCCUUCAGAUGAGUCUUACAAGACACGUGGUGAGCAUGCCGAGGUGGCUUUGCGUUCAGAUCCUGUGGUUUGGUGCUCUGCGCAAGUCAAGCCGUUGAGCCAAGCAGAACUCUGCGCAUACGAAGAGACUGGUUUCUGCAUCGUGCGCGGCCUCGUUCCCCUGCAGCAAAUUGAGGCCUGCAAAAACCAUUUGCAGACCUUCACGAACGAAGAUCAGUUGAAGGUGACAGACAAUUGCCGCUUUGUAACAGAAGCGAACUCAACGGUGCUCAGAAGUAUCUUUGCAAUCCACGAGGACAAAAGCCCUUUGGGGGAGCUUGCAAGGGCAAAGUUUUUGACCGAGUACGUGCAACAAAUCCUUGAUGAUGACAUCUACGUGCAUCAGUCUCGUGUCAACCUGCAAGCACCAUUUAAGGGCACUGGCUUCUCGUGGCAUAGCGAUUUUGAAACUUGGCACGCAGAGGAUGGCAUGCCACGUCCUCGCAGUUUAUCUGCGGUGGUGUUUCUGGACCAAAAUGCUGAAUACAACGGUGCUCUGAUGGUGAUUCCUGGAUCACAUAAGAGUUUCUUGCGCUGUCCUGGGCGACAGAAGGGAGCCAAUUGGGAGAAGUCUUUGCAAUCACAGGCGUGGAGAACAACUUGCUCUGUCGACAGUUUCAGACAUUUUCAGACAUGCCCCAUCCCUGAGGUCUAUGGCACGCCCGCAGAAGAACAUCUUCGACAACUUGCAGAAUCCAAUGGGAUCAAGUAUUGUACAGGAGCACCUGGUGAUGUGCUCUUCUUCGAUUCCAACUUGCUCCAUGCUUCGAGCGGCAACCGCUCACCUUUUCCACGCCGCAAUUUGUUUGUGGCUUUCAAUGCAUGGAGCAAUCGUUUGCAAGCUCCAUUCUUUUCAGAGGAGCAACGUCCUGAACAUGUUGCACACAGACAACGAGUAGAGCGGUUCCCUCGAUCCGCCUGAUUCAAAAGUCGUACUUUAGCGUUAUGUUCCUUAGAUUUCCUUAGGUAUUGGCUAAAGAGCUUCCUGGGCCAAAACAGUGCCAGCUUGUCGGAACCAGUUCUUCCACAACCCAAAGCAGAUCCUUCCUUUUCAGAAUCAAAGGGAGUUGAAGGGGUUUUAAGUUUAAAGGGGUAGACGAUCUAGGGUGGGAGUGGU